CAACUCUUCAGCCACAAUCUCUUAAUACAGGAGCAAAUUGCCACUUCUGCUCCAGUGGAAGAAAACAAGGUUAAGCUCACAGAUGAUCAGUGUAUAGCUCUUAAAAACUGCAAAAGAGCAAUUAAUUUUGAAAAUGACCUGAUAGACUUCUGACCUACACAUUUGCAGUCUUCUCUGAAAAUAUAAUUGUCCAACAUUUGUAUGGAAUAAUUAUUUCCUGUAAAAUUUCAUCUCACAAUUCUACACCCUUCAGUUUCCUCAAUGGAUGCUGUAGCAACAUCAAUCAACCAGUUUGCCCUGGAGUUGAGCAAAAAGCUAGCUGAAUCUGCUCAGGGUAAAAAUAUUUUCUUUUCCUCCUGGAGCAUCUCAACUUCCUUGACCAUGGUGUAUUUGGGCGCCAAAGGUACCACUGCAGCCCAAAUGGCCCAGGUGCUUCAAUUUAACAGAGACCAGGGAGUCAAAUCUGACCCUGAAAGUGAAAAAAAAAGGAAAAUGGAAUUCAACUUGAGCAACUCGGAAGAAAUACACUCUGAUUUCCAAACACUUAUCUCAGAAAUCCUCAAGCCCAACAAUGACUACCUACUUAAAACAGCCAAUGCGAUGUAUGGUGAGAAAACAUAUCCAUUCCAUAAUAAAUAUUUAGAAGACAUGAGAACAUAUUUUGGUGCAGAGCCUCAGUCUGUUAACUUUGUGGAAGCUUCUGAUCAAAUCAGAAAGGACAUCAACUCUUGGGUUGAAAGACAGACCGAGGGUAAAAUCCAGAAUCUCCUGCCUGAUGACUCUGUGGAUUCCACAACCAGGAUGAUUCUGGUGAACGCCCUAUACUUUAAAGGAAUCUGGGAACAUCAAUUCUUAGUGCAAAACACCACAGAAAAGCCUUUCAGAAUAAACGAGACUACAAGCAAACCAGUGCAAAUGAUGUUUAUGAAGAAAAAGCUUCACAUUUUUCACAUAGAAAAGCCAAAAGCAGUGGGCCUUCAACUCUACUACAAAAGCCGUGACCUCAGUCUGCUUAUACUACUGCCAGAAGACAUUAAUGGGCUGGAACAGCUGGAAAAGGCCAUCACCUAUGAGAAGCUGAAUGAGUGGACCAGUGCAGACAUGAUGGAGUUGUAUGAAGUGCAGCUACACCUUCCCAAGUUCAAGCUGGAAGAGAGUUAUGAUCUCAAGUCAACCCUGAGCAGCAUGGGGAUGAGUGAUGCCUUCAGCCAGGGCAAAGCUGAUUUCUCAGGAAUGUCUUCAGCAAGAAACCUAUUUUUAUCAAAUGUUUUCCAUAAGGCUUUUGUGGAAAUAAAUGAACAAGGUACUGAAGCCGCAGCUGGCAGUGGGAGUGAGAUAGAUAUACGAAUUAAAGUCCCAUCCAUUGAAUUCAAUGCAAAUCACCCAUUCCUCUUCUUCAUCAGGCACAAUAAAACCAACACCAUUCUUUUUUAUGGAAGAUUAUGCUCCCCCUAAAUCCCGCAUAUCUCUCAACAAACAAGGCCAUCUUACAGUGUGAAAAAUGUACCAUGAGAUGGAAAAGCACAAUUGUCACAAAAAUGAGUUUGUAGUCUAAACCUUUUUCACAUUUGAAUAUAAGCAAAUAGAUCCUGAAAUAAUGCAUUUUUAUGAUCCUGUCAUAUCUGUACAGAUGGAGAGAAUGACGAUUUUUUAUUUUUACCACGUUAACAUUUUGUCUAAUGUGACUUCCAUUUACAUUUCAGAAGUACUAUGCUAUUCAACUGAAUGCCUGACAAUUCUUGCUCACUUGCAAUAUCCAUGAUACUUGUUAUUAUUAUAUAUUUCAUAUACAUCAUUAAAUGAAAAAAUCUUUAUAAAGGUGAUAUAUUGAUAAAUAAGAAGUUUCUCAAGAAUAUCAUUUUGAUCAAAAAUUUAGCCUGGCAUGGUGGUGCACACGUGUUGUCCCAGCUACUCAGGAGGCUGAGGUAGGAGGAUUGCUUGAGCCCAGGAGGUUGAGACUGCAGUGAGCCAAGAUCACACCACUGCACUCCAACCUGGGCAACAGAGCAAGACCCUGUCUCAAAAAAAUCAUUUUGGUGGCUCAUAAAUUAUCAUUGUAAAACUAAAUCCCCUUUUUCUGCUAUUUAAAAAAUACUUAUAUUGACAUUAGCUUAAAAAACUAGUGAAAUCCAGGUGAAAUUUGUAGUUUAGCUACUAGCAGUCUCUCAAUGUUGGUGCCCUAGUUUUGACAAAUGUACCGUGGUCAUGUAAGAUGUUAGCACUUGGGGAAACUGUACUGGAGAAUUAGCUGUAUUAUCUCUGCACCUCUUCUGCGAAUCUAAAAUUAUUCCAAAAUAAAAAUUUUAUUAAAAAU